AUGCCAAUAAGGUCUUGCAAUGCCAAUGGUGAGAUUACACCUAAUUUUGCAAGUAUCAUAACGGAAUCAACUGGCCUGAUUAAAGGUACCGUUUCACCCGGAGAUGUUUUGAUUUCCUAUUCAAAUAUAAUUAAUUUAGAGCUAUACCUUCAAGGAAUUUUACCAAACGAAGUUUUCAAAUAUUAUCAUCCUGAAACAAUAAUAACAGAUUGUAUAAUUACACAGCUGAUACCAGUGUUCAAAAAUUUAGACCCUGAAAUAGGUAUCAAUUUAAGAAAUUUCCAUAUACAAGUUUCUAAAAUUAGCAAUAUUUCAGAUUUUAUUGUCUAUUGUUUCAAUCGAGAGGACCAUGAAUUCAAUGUAAAUCAAACAGAGGACACUUUUGUCAACAAUAAAUGUAAAUGUGUUAGUUUAUCACGGCUUUUGCAUAUUGCACAGAUAGUGUAUCAGAAGCAACACCCUGAACUUGUCAAAAAGAAAAAUCUCCCUAACUUGUUGAACAAUCAGAAGUACAACACGUUCAUUCUAGCUGACCCAAAUAUGGAGGCUUUGAAUAAUGCAGAUCUGUUGUCAAUCCCAGUGGUAGAUGAAUCCGCUUCUUUGAAAAGGGAUGAUGAACUGUGUUCCAAGUAUGACAUUAGUGUGUUUAACAAUUGGGAUUCCAACUAUCUUUAUAGAGAACGACUUGAAAUUUCAAAAAUGUCUACGGCAACUCCAUUGUCAAAGAGCUUAUGGAUGGGAAACAUAACAGACUAUGAAUGUUUACAAAUACAGCUAAGCAAUGGAAAACAUAUCGAGGUUGCAUCAACACAGGAAGUGCAGACAAUGCUAAAGAACCAGUCAGAAUCACCUCUCUACUGCAACGCAGAAAAUACCAUAGUACGACUCACAAAACAUGAUUUUGAAGGAGUAACGAAUUCUGAGGUAUCUGACAAAAUGCUGAUAACUUUUCCACUGAUUGUUUGGAAAUUUUAUAUCAAAUGUGUUGAAGGUGCUCGGAUUCCUACGUUGGACCAAUUGAGACUGAUUUAUGACAAUUUUUCUGAUUGCGAUUUUGUUAAUAUAGAGUUCCCACCAUCAGGCUCAUUAUCACUGGCUGAUAUGUCUGACGAUGAUAUUUUAUCAAUUGUGAAUAUUUGCAAGUUCUGCUAUUACAUCUGUGAUGAUAAUUUUCCCGGGCUUAUAUAUUGUUCAGAUGGAUACACUGAAUCAUCUUUGUUAUUUUUGUGCUACCUCAUGUAUUCUGAAGAUAUCUGUUUGGACGAAGCAAUUUUGAAGUUACAUAUGGAUUAUGGUAGGCCAUUUUUCAUAUUCAAGACAGACUAUAUACUACUUUCAAAAUUAGAGACUAUAAUGAACAAAUUCUCCCCCUUGAAAACUCCUGGAGAAACAAAGGAAAAAUUCCUUUUUGAAGAAAACUCAAAGUCGAUAAGAUCGUCACUUCUUAUGCCAAAGAGGAAAACGUCUGUUGGCCAAGUUGGAAGCUAUAGUGGAACUAACAACUUUGGAAAUACAGGGAUUCAUAAUGCAUCUUCUUUUGUUACUAGUACAGGUUAUCAUGUGGUGCAAUAUAGAGGGAACCAAAACAUACAAUCAAACCAAAUUAGAUCAAAUCACAGCCUUUUCAACCAAAACAACGUCUCAUCAACCGCUGAUCGAAAGAAAAAAGUUUCGGCAAAGGUGAAGCCUGAGAUUGAUGGAUGUUUUGCAGAAGUUCACGGUUCUUUGCCUUCGAGAAUUUUGAAACACCUGUAUCUCGGUUCAUUAACACAUGCAAGUUCCAUCCCCUUGUUAUCACGAUUGAAAAUUGAUUAUAUAGUAAGUGUGGGGGAGAGAGUUUCCUGGUGUGAAUUAUUCAAGCACCAGAAAGAGGUUCAUAAAUCUGGUAGUGAAAUAAUCACUUUUGUCGAAGGACAAGUGGAUGAAAAUAGCGGAUACGAGUUGAAUGUCAAAAAAAUGCUCAUAUUGCCUAAUAUCAAUGAUGACGGAAUCGGAACCCUUAUAACAACCAUAGAUCAUACUCUUGAUUUUAUCAACGAUUGUUACGAGAAUAAUGGGAGAGCAUUAGUACAUUGUCAAGUUGGUGUUUCCAGAUCUGCUACAGUGUGUAUCGGUGAAGUGAUGAAGCGGCUAAAGUUGAGUCUUGCUCGUGCUUAUAUGUAUGUGCGAGUACGUCGUCUUAAUGUUAUAAUCCAGCCCAAUUUGAAAUUGAUGUAUGAGUUGUUCAAGUGGGAGGAAUACCUGCUGGCUAAGAAGCCUUCAAAAUGGAAGAAAAUUAAUAUUGGCAUCAGUAGCAGCAAUGGUUGUGGAGUGAGCGCAGGGUUCUGGACCAAUACUACGAAGAUGAAAUACAUUGGUUCCAUCUGUGAGGAGCCUGAGCAAGACUUUGUGAUUGAGUCCGAGGAGGAAGACGAAGUGGACGAUAAUAGCCAAAUGGUUAAACUUGAUUUUAACAGUAGUAUUGUGAAAUACGAAGAUAGUCCGAGAUACAAAUACGUUGAGGAAAAAGAGUAUGAUAUUGUGAGUAACAGCCGGGGGUCAAUGAGAGAGGUUGAUUGGUACAUUCUGUGCCGAGAAAUAUACAACCUGAACAGGGCAUACAUAAAGACCAAUUGA